GACCCACCAGACCACUGUCUCCUUCUAAAAAGCCACAAACGCACAGAUCCGAUCUAUGGAUGCUUCGUUUUCGAGCAGAUUCCCAUAGUUGAAGUUGAAGAAGAUGGCGAGAGCUUGGCCGAGUCGACUCAUUUUUCUUCUCUUUCUCGCUUGCCUUGCAGUUGCAGAUGCCAGACCCGGCUUUCUCUACAUCAGAACCCGUGGAAGAUGCACUCCCCAGUAUUGGAGUAGCAGGAGGGAGGCGUGGCCGAGGAUGGUGCCGGAGACGGCGACGGUGUCGAAGGUGUUCGGGUCGAGGGCGUUCGAGCGGUACAGGCCCGACCUGACGCUGCUGGAGGCGGCGGCGGAAGUCCGGAAUGACGAGUCAGGCGCCGGCGACCCCUUCGGGCGGCUGGUGGAGCAGUCGACGGCGGCUCUGCUCAACUCCUACGCCAGGGAGGGCUUCCCCUACUCCGCUUGGGAGGUCAAGACUCUGCUCAUCCAGGCUUUGGUCUCCGAGCAGGCUGCCGCCGCUCAAGCCCAGCGCUUCUUUGAGGCCAACGACGGUUGCAAUUAGAAUCUGAAAUUACGCCUAAUUUUGUAACGAAAACAUUAGCAGCUUCGAUCUAGUGUUCUUCUGUGAUUAUGGUGAGGUUCACGUCUGCCUGAACCAUCAAAUCUUCUGCUAUCA